UUUCACCUGAGAUCGUGUCGGAUGUAGCCGUCAUGCUCUCGUCGCUGCUGCUCUUCGCGCUCUGCGGUGCGGCGGUCGCUGCUCUCUCGCCGGACACGCCCCACGUAUGUACUUACAAUGUGAUGCAGAUGGUGAAGAUUCAAAAGCCGUGCCUCCGCGCAUACACGAAGAUCGAAAGGAUCCGGAAGGCCAAUUGCCCCUAUUCAGACGAGUGGUGCGUCGACUACAAGCCCAGGACUGUUUAUUACACGGGUUAUACGCACAAACUGGAACCGCGGUAUACCACAAUCCAUCGGUGCUGCGAAGGGUGUUUCCCCAUUGAUGAUAGAGGAUGCCCCCACAAGGAGUGCCUGCAGGAGCUGACGGAAGUAUGUGACGAUCCAAAGAUGAGCUACUGUUCGUGCGACGAUAGAUACCCACAUCCGACCCACUGCCAAUUCCCAGGAGAGGAUCCUUGCCGGCAGGACAACGGGGGUUGUCACCACUAUUGUCAUUCCCUACAAGGAGUGGUCAACUGCACGUGUGCUUCGGGAUUCGAGUUACAGAAGGAUGGACGGACUUGUAAGGAAGAGAAUCCAUGCCUGAGAAAAAACGGUGGCUGUUCGCACUACUGCAAUUACAAGAAUAGCACAGUGGUCUGCCAGUGCGCCGUCGGUUUUGAGCUGCUGCGCGAUGGAAGGACGUGCAGAGAAAAGAAUCCAUGCGAAGAAAAGAAUGGCGGUUGCGAGCAUAGCUGCAGUUACGAGGAUGGACAGUUACGAUGCAACUGUCGGCCGGGAUUUCUACUCAGACCGGACGGCAUUUCGUGUAAAGAGAUUAAUCCUUGCGAGGCGGACAACGGCGGCUGCGAACACUACUGCAGUUACUCGGAGAAGAAAGUCCAUUGCCGCUGCGCGCCUGGCUACACCCUCCACACAGACGGAAAGGCCUGCAGAGAAAUCAAUCCCUGUGGAAAUGGAAAUGGUGGGUGUGAGCAAAGGUGCAACUAUGUCGAAAAAAGACUCUCUUGCAGUUGUGAACCUGGCUUCACGUUACAGCCGGAUGGUCAGUCCUGCAAAGAAAUAAGUCCCUGUGAAACUAACAAUGGUGGAUGUCAGCAUAGGUGUCUUUAUGAAGAUAAAGUGCUUUCGUGUGCAUGCGAGCUUGGAUAUACCCUACAGAUUGACGGCCGAUCCUGUGAAGAAACAAAUCCUUGCGAAACCGAAAACGGUGGCUGUCAGCACAGGUGCCUCUACAAGGACAAGAAAACCAUCUGUGAAUGCGAAAUUAACUAUGUUCUACAAGUCGAUGGGCGGUCUUGUAAAGAAAUCAAUCCUUGCAAAUCGGGUAACGGAGGCUGUCAGCAGAAAUGUCACUAUAAAAACAAAAGGGUCACUUGUGGCUGCAAAACUGGAUUCGAAUUGCAGCCAGAUGGACGGAGCUGCAGAGAGGCGGAUCCUUGCUCCGUGGACAACGGCGGCUGCGAGCAGCUCUGCUACAGAUCGACUGGCGCAUCUGUUCGCUGCGAUUGCUUACCUGGAUACAUCCUCAGAAAGGACAGGAAGACAUGCAAAGAAUACAACCCUUGCGCCCACAAAAAUGGUGGUUGCGACCAUAUUUGCCACUCACAUGGAGGGAUUUCUGUGUGCACAUGCAGAGAAAACUAUGUUUUGGACGUGGAUGGAACGACCUGCAAAAAGGUGGAUCCUUGCUUGGAAGAUAAUGGAGGUUGCCAUCACAUCUGCAGAUCUGAAAACGGAACUGCCACCUGUGAUUGUCAUCCGGAGCAUGUUUUAGACACAGAUGGAAAAUCAUGCCUAAAAGUGGACCCUUGCCUACAAGCUAACGGAGGUUGUGAUCACAUCUGCAAAUCUGAAAACGGAGUGGCAAUGUGCGACUGUCAUCCGCAGUUCAUUUUAGACGCGGAUGGAAAGGCGUGUCAAAAAAUAGACCCCUGUGAAAACGGAAACGGAGGCUGUUUUCAGGUGUGUUUGUCUGACUCGGAUGUAGUGCGGUGUGCAUGCCGGGAAGGUUACACCCUGCUGGAGGAUGGCACUUCAUGCAAAAAAAUGGACCCAUGUUCAUUAGAGAACGGAGGCUGUGAACAAAUAUGUCGGCUCAUCGAAGAUGCCAUGUUAUGCGAGUGCCAUGAAGGAUACGCUCUCAAGUCAGAUGGAAAAACGUGCAAAAAAGUGGAUCCCUGCUCCAUCGGCAAUGGCGGUUGUGAGCAUAUAUGCCUAUCCUCAGAGGUGUCCGUCCUUUGCGGCUGUCGAGAAGGAUAUAUUUUGCAGAAGGACAGAAUAUCCUGCAAAAAGGUGGACCCUUGCAGUGUGUUGAAUGGAGGCUGCGAACACGUGUGCACUUGGUCUCAUAAUUCUGCGCAGUGCACCUGCAAUCCCGGAUAUGCGCUGAUGAAAGACUCAAAAUCUUGCAGAGACGUCGACGAAUGCGAAGAAAAUACUCCGUGCGAUCAUAUUUGCCGGAACAGCCCGGGAUCUUACGAGUGUUCUUGCAAGUCUGGAUACGAACUAGGAGCGGACAGAAGCACAUGUUACAGAAUCGUGCAAGAACUAAUCAGCUACUGCGUGAAGGGAAAUGGCGGCUGCGAUCAGAAAUGCCAGGAAGGGGACACAGGACCCAUCUGCUCCUGCUUCCAAGGUUAUCGUCUCCAGCGGGACGGGAAAGCUUGCCAAGAUAUCGACGAAUGCAAGAAAGACAACGGUGGAUGCGAUCACCUGUGCACCAACACUCCGGGAUCCUAUGCGUGCUCUUGCCUGGAAGGGUUCUUCCUUCUCGAUGAUCAGAGAAAAUGCGACGUGAAAGAGGACGAUUCGGAUUUUGGUCCAGUGCGAGGUGACCUCCCAGAAAUCGAAUACGCUGCCAACCGAGAAAAAAUGAUCCGAAAGAAGUUGCACGGCACUCCUCUUGGAGACGCUUCCCCAAGGGACAAAGAUUCUAAAGCGUCGUGCCGACCCGGCUUCUUUGGAGGCAGAUGUUCUUACACGUGCAGCGACUGCAAGAAUAGGGGUGUGUGCAAGCCUGACAAGAGUGGAUGCAUCUGCAAGGCUGGAUAUACAGGUGUUCUCUGCCAUCUCACUUGCCCGCAGGGACGCUUUGGGAAGGACUGCAAGGGACGUUGCCGAUGUCAGGGAGAAGAAGUGUGCGACCAUGUGACCGGAACUUGCUAUUGUCCCUAUGGAUCUAAAGAUAGUGCAGAUCGUUGUCGAAAAGGAUGUCCUAAAGGCACAUAUGGUUUGGAAUGCAAUCUCAAGUGUCCCAAAUCUUGCCCGACUGGCUACUGUCACGGACUACACGGAUUCUGCCUUUGUCCGCCCGGACGCACCGGCAAGAAGUGCACUAAAAAGUGCUCAUCUCUGCACUAUGGUUCUAACUGCCAGCGGAAAUGCCGAUGCCUCUGGAAUAACACCAAAUCGUGCCAUCCACAGACAGGGGUGUGUCAGUGCAAAACCGGGUGGCUCGGCGAAUAUUGCCAAAUCCCUUGCUCUAUGGAUAAUCCAAAGGACUGCAUGUUGCAAGAUGGCGUGUCAGUAAUUGUGUGUGAUGAGGGCUUCUACGGCCGCCAUUGUGACAAGCCCUGCGACUGCGUGAAUGCUGUCUCCUGCGACCCGCUCUCCGGGCAAUGUCAGUGCUUUCCGGGAUGGAAGGGCAGGAGGUGCGAUGCAGGUUGUGAAGAAGGCACUUUUGGAGAAGGUUGCGAAGGCCGCUGUCCCUGUCCGAAGUGCGAUCCAGUCACUGGCACUUGUCUCGUCUGCCCACCAGGACGCCGCGGGACACAUUGUCGGGAGAGUUGCACGGGAGGUCGUUUUGGUCCGAAUUGCAAGCAUCGCUGCAAGUGCCAGAAUAACGCACCCUGCCACCCGAGAAACGGCACCUGUAUCUGCCAGAAAGGAUUCACUGGCGCACGUUGUGAACACACUUGUCCAUCCGGCUGGUUCGGCGAACGCUGCUCCAGCCACUGCAAUUGUCUGAAUGAGGGAAGAUGCGCGCCGGACACCGGAAAAUGUAAGUGUCCAGCAGGAUUUGCGGGAAAAUACUGCGAACAAGCCUGUCCUCUGGGAAGCUUUGGCAUGCACUGUUCGGAACGUUGCGAAUGCGGGAAUCAUCCGUGCCAUCCCAUUACUGGCAGGUGUCUCUGCCCCCCUGGACUCACUGGUCAGAAAUGUCAUUUAAACUGUCCGCCCAAGAGGCACGGUCCCAACUGCGCUUUUCGGUGCAAAUGCCGCCACGGGGCCACUUGCGAUCCAUUCUCCGGUAGGUGUUCUUGCCCUGCGCCGUGGACGGGAGCAGCGUGCACAGUCGAAAGUGAGAAAAGCUGAUCGCAAGUCAUUGGACUGUUUUUUUUUUUGUAUCGCCAUGUGUUCGAACUUUUAGUCAUUGAAGAAAUUUCCAUUGUCAAGUGAUUUUAAACUCCUGCGUGUAUAUGAUUCUUUCACAGGAAGCAUUUUGUAAAAAAGACAAUCAUUGUUGAAGAGUUAUUUAUUAAUAGUAUAUAU